AGACUGAUUUUUGCACAAGAUGGGGAAAACUAUAGUUCUUGUUUUGGCUCUUUCUGUUUUCGCUCAAGCUGCUACUAUUAGAGAUGGAGAUCACGACCACACCCGUGUAGCACGUUCUCCAUGCAGUACUUGUGGCCCACAUGGACCUCCCCCACCACCGCCUCCAUUCGGUCCACCGCCACCGUUCAGACCUAGAUACUUCCACACUGCUCAGUGGGCUGGUUUGGCUGCCGAUGGAGCUCAACGAGGAGUCUUCAGUGGCGCAGCUGCAGCCGCUGAUGAUGCCAGCCAAGCCGCUGGUGAAGCAUUCUCUUUGGCUUCUAGUGGAGCAGCUCACGGUUUGGGACUUGAUGAUCAGUCCAACGAACAGUCUGCUCAAUUAUCUGGUGGAAUAGGUAUCGGGGUGCAAUCAGCAAGAGGCUACGGUGCUGGUAGCUCCACAUCUGGUUCAAGUGAUUCCAGCUCCAAGUCAUUUAACUCCGGUUUCCAGUCUUCAGCUGGAUCUAAAUCUGGAAGCUCUAGUGGAUUUAGUGGACAGGCAUCUGCUGAUUCUAAUACCCAGUCUUCUGGUGAUUUCGGUAAACAAUCUUCUGCUGGAUCAAACUCUCAAUCUUCAAGCAGUUACGGAGGCCAAUCUUCUGGUGGCUACGGCGGCCACUCAUCAGAAAGUUAUGGUAGUCACUCAUCAGGAGGAUAUGGGGGUCACUCAUCAGGAGGUUAUGGUGGUCAUUCGUCUGGUGGCUACGGUGGUCACUCUUCUGGUGGUUACGGUGGUCACUCUUCUGGAGGAUAUGGUGGCCAAUCAUCCGGCUAUGGAGUCAAAUCUUCAUCUAGUUCUAGCUCCCAAUCCUCAAAUAGCUUCGGGAACUCUGCGGGAGGCUAUGGUGGAAACUCUAAUGAUCAAGCUUCAGGGAACUUUGGCGGUCAGUCAGCUGGUUACAAUGGCCAAUCUUCAGGUGGAUUUGGAGGGCAGUCGUCUAAUGGCUUUGCUAACCAGGGUGGCGGUGUAAACGGCCAAUCAGCACAUGGUGAGAAGAAAUUUAACUACAAAGAGUCUCACUACUCGUACCAAAGUGGUGGAAACAAAAACGCUGGCUUUGAAUCCCAAUCACAAGGCAGAGGAUUCAGCGACGAACAGCAAUCAGCAAGCAAUGGUGGUUUCGAUGGCAGUGUAGGCGGAAAAUUGGAAGCCCAUCGAGUUGAACAAGUAGGCAGCCAAAAUGGUGGAUCUUUUGGAAAUGGGCAAUCUUCUGGACGUUUUGAUGCUUCUAGUGCUAGUUCCAGUGGAAGUUCAAGCUCUGGAGGAAGUGGAGGUUACGGCGAGGGUGCAGGAAUUUCUGCUGGUCUCGGUGUUGGUGGUUCUGCUGGAUUAGGAAUUGGAGGAUCCACUGGAUUAGGUGUCAGCGGUUCUGAUAGUUACGGCGCUGGUGGAUCAAGCGGCUAUGGUUCUGGUUAUUCUGGCUCUCAAUCAGCUCUUAAGGGAGCUCUUGAACUUGCCAACCAGGGGCUACAGACGGCAGCGCAACAGCCGGCUGGAUGCAGCACUUGUGGUAAAAGCAAUUACGCUUUAAGUAAUGCUAAGAGCAGAAAUGGCAAUGCCAUUGCCCUUUCCGUUAGCGGUUAAAUUUUAAAGUACCUGAUCUUAUGCUCCUACGAAUAAUGGUUUAAAGAAUUGUCUUGUAUAUUGUGAUUGUAAUUAAGUUGUUUAUGUUAUUGUUUGAGAUUUCUUGUAAAUAAUUUUAACAAUUACGAUAUUAUUUUAAUAA